AUGCCGCACGCCAUCACUGCCUUGGAGCAGAACACCAAUGGCCCUGACAAUCACGACCAAGCCGAACUUCAACUACUGCUAAAGAACAAGCUUCACGGCGUACCGGCUGACCACCUCCCCGCAGUCACCGUCGCGGACAUCCUCUACCAAACUCCACGAGCGCUAAGUAUCGCCAACAUACCAUCAGAUAUCCAACUCCUGUUCUUCCUCCACAACCGCGCCGUCAUCGACCGCAACGCCGGAAAGCCCAUCAAGGAUGAAGGAAAGCAGAGUAUAGAGCUAACGCGAGCGAUUUGGUUCUACCGACUCGACGAAGCGCACCAAUUCCAACGCUUCCACGACAUCAUGAGGUGGAACACCGCGAUCUUCGUUGCACUGUUAGCUCAACAGUCGCAUCCUAGCGAUCAGCACUCCUAUCGCCCCGGACGAGUGACCACACCCACACACGCAGCCAUCCCGUCUGCCGCCAUCCGUUUCAUAAAGCAGUACCUCGCCGCCGUCAUCGAACACCACAACACACCCACUUUCAGCUUCGCGGCGCGAGAAUCAUUCAUCUUGACCUGGAAGACAGGACCGUGGGAGUUAUUCACCGUGUUUGGUGGUGCGCAGAAGAAGUUGCUGAAGAAUGCUAUGAAGAAGCUUAGUAAAGAGUGGGAGGCUGAGUUGCGUGUUGCGGAGACACAGCUAGGUAGGGAGCGGUACGAGAGGAAGGUUGGCAAGUUUGUUGGCGGGGUGGUGCCUGGAAAGAGAAAGAUGGGUGUGCGUGCUGUAGAAGCGUUGGACGAAGAGAAGAGUGGAGGUGGAAAUGUUAAGAGGGAAGAUGGUGGUAAUGGACUGCUGCAGGCGCUUCUGUCUCCGUACAUUCCACAGACUAAAGAGAUUAGGGGACAGGAUGGGAAUGGGGUCAAGAGUGGUGUGGUUGAGGUCGAAGGUACACCGGUUACGGAUGUGAGAUCUGCUAUUGCGGCUUUGCAGAAGAUGGAGCCGAGGAACAUUCUACCGGUGCUUAUCCGCUUGUUUCCAGGAUAG